AUGGUCCCGGUCUUGGGGAAGUCCCAGCGGACUCGGAUCGAAUUCAACGGCGACGAGACCUUCACUUACUUCCAGCGGCCAGCAGAAGAUGCCAUUUUCAAUGGAGAGCUCUUCAAAGAGAAGGAGCGACAGUUUUUGAAGAGGAAUAUGAGGUUGCACAACGUCUCCUUCCCCAUCGGCCACCAGCAAACGGUGCAAAUUGAGCUGAAGAGCUUCUGGCAGAAGGAGUCCAUGAAUCUGAAUCGUCGGGGCCUCCGAGAAGGGCGCUUCGUGACACUGCUCUCGGACCAGCGGCCGCCCAUCGAGGACGCCUUGGCCUGGGUGAAGCUUGUAUGGCCAUUGUACAAGAAAGGUUUCUCCGUGCUGUUGCUGGACCUCCCUGGGGCGGGUGGCAGCGGCGUCAACGCAGAUCCGCAUGUGAGCUACGAGCUUUGGGAGCAGGAGGACUUUCGGAUUGUGGAGAGCGCUCUCCGUGGAUUGAGUGUGACACGCACUCACUUGAUUGCCUUUGGUCGGUCCUGUCGCAUCAUACUGAAGUUUGCGAAGCAUGCUCAGAUCGAUGCCUGGUCCAGUUUUGUUGCGAAGGAGCAUUGCUGGUAUCAGCCCGACAUUGACUUCUUCGCCCUCUUCCAAGAGGAGCUGGGGGACUGUCCGCCAGGCCAUGUCCAGGAGUGGCGCCUAGAGGCGGUGAAGAAGCAACAGCACCUCUUCCGGGAGGUGCGGUGGGAAACGUGGGUGCCUGAUGCCUAG